GAAAACAGUCCAAAACCAACCAAGAAAAAGAGGAAACAGGUGGACCCUUCAUCUCUUGUACAGAACGUGAAAAAUGAGACAAGAAUAGAGAAGAGGGAGGAUGGUUUCGUCUAUGAAGACCUAAAGAAGGUAAAGAAGAAUAAACAGGAGGAGAUGGAUGAUGUGAUACCAAAAUGGAAAGUUGAAAAAACAAAAUUGGGUAAAUUGCUGGAAGAAGAAGACAAAGCGUUGCUGAAUCUGUUUUAUGACCUAAACCAGGGGCAAGUGAAUGAAGAAGUCUGGACAGACAACGAAACAACUUAUACCAUAACUUUCAAAUCAAUAAUAAAGCUUUUGGAUGAACUAGACAUGGGGAACGAGGUAAUAGACGGGUACACAUCAAUGCUGAAAAGGGAGCAGGAAGUUAAACAACUGAUGCAAGGAAACAGUGCGUUCUUCACAUCCACCUGCUGGGUAAGUACAUUGCCCUUUGCCCACAACAAAACACUGUUAUGUUCACACUGUUUUGAUGUCAUUAUUUGUUCAUGUCUGUGCUAUACCAGAAAUGCAGAUUUUCACAUAUGUUUGUGUUUAUCUAACUAACAUACUUUAUUCCCACAGACACUUAUCACAAUGGCAAACCAGUCCCCCAAAAAGUUUCUCAUUGAUAGCAAACUUGAACAACUCUACAACGAAUUACAUGACAGGAGCUUAGAUUACUUUCGGUACCUUGUUUUCCCGAUGAACUCUUCAGGAAAUAAGACGAACAAAAACAGUCCAUAUCAUUGGACUCUGCUUGUUUAUGAUAUGCAAGAGCAGGAAUGGAAGCAUUAUAAUUCAUUGAAACCAAGAAAGAAGGAGAAAUCAGGCGACCCUUACCUUAAAGAUGCUGCAAUAGUGAAAGAUGCUGUUGAGAAAUUCAUGAAGCAAUUGGAAGAAAGAAGGAGUAGUCAGCCACAAUUCAACUUGCUAACUCCCAUAGAGUCAAUCUUUAAAGAUGGUGCUCAACUAAGAACAGUGCAAGAAGCACCACAACAGAAUAUUGCUUCGGUUGAUUGUGGACCUGUUGUUUGUUAUGUCAUCAAAAAGAUUGCAGAGCUUGAAGAAAUACCACAAAAGAUUGAAAAAGAAGAUGUUUCAGCUUUUAGAGUGCAUUUGGUCCACAAGAUUUUACAUGAUGAGCCAAGAUCAUGGACGAAAGAAACGUGGCAAGACAAAAAACUAGCUCACGAUUUUACUUCUGAUCAGUAGAGAAAUCUGGAUUCAGCACUGGUUUAGGAGCAAAUUCUCCUCUUUUGUUUAGGAACACAAAAUGUGUUAGUGGUUAGUUUAACACUUUGUAGAUGGCAGAACAGUGUGUAAGUUGUUGGUUUGACAGUUUGUAAGUGAUUCGUUUGACAAAUGUGUUAGUGGUUGGUUUAACACUUUGUAGAUGGCAGAACAGUGUAUAUCUUGUUGGUUUGACAGUUUGUAAGUGAUUCGUUUGACAGUUUGUAACUGGUGACAAUCUGGAUUUUGAUAGUUACAUAAAACUUUCAUUUUG